AUGGAAGCAUAUAUGGCAGGCGUACUCGAGGGCUACAUAACGGGUGGACUCAUUCAUAUGUAUUAUCUCAACACAAUCGAUGGGUAUUGCGCUAAACGUAAAGAGUUUUGCGAUGCGUUAAAGCAUUUUCAUAAGACGAACACCGCUUUCAUCGAUACUAUGAUUAAAAGUCACGCAAACGACGACUAUUGGCACCAAUUAGGGCUCGUAUACGACCAGAUGCGGGGCUUAGAGGCCGGGUAUGCGGACUGGAAAGCGGAUAAUAACGUUACCGAACACACAGUGGAAAUGGAUGUAAUAAGCGAAGUCUGGUGGUUGAACAUGAUGUCUGAAGGCCAUGAGCUCGAGGCAAUACUCACACCAAACUCAACCACGAUCGAGUACCAAGACCAUUGUUCGGCCAUGGUCAAAGUGUUGCCCGAUGGCAGCGAUCUAUACGUGACACACAACACGUGGUUCAAAUAUAACACAAUGCUUCGGGUGCACAAACAAUAUAGCUUUGCGUUCAAAAGUCUAGCCACAGGUGUUUUAAUACCGGGUCAUUCAGUAUCCAUGUCCUCCUAUCCGGGGUCUAUUUUCUCGGGCGACGACUACUACGUCCUGUCCUCAGGACUCGUAGUCCAGGAGACGACUAAUAAUAAUUACAACAAAUCCCUGUACGCAAGCGUACGGCCAAAUCAAGUCGUGUUAGAGUUUGUUCGCAAUGUAGCGGCCAAUCGGUUGGCCACUGGAGGCCGCCAGUGGACAGACAUAUUUGGUCGCUAUAAUAGCGGGACCUAUAAUAAUCAGUUUAUGAUUGUCGAUUACAAACUAUUCACCAAGGGCACGCCAGUACAUUCACUCCCAGAUAAUUUACUCUGGGUGUGCGAACAAAUGCCUGGCACUAUAACCGCGGCUGAUAUGACCAAAGUGCUCCGCGAUACCACGUAUUGGGGUUCGUAUAAUGUUCCCUAUUUUCAAAAUAUAUACAACAUGAGCGACACCGGUGGGCUCGUUCAACAAUGGGGUACGUUUUUUAGCUACAACGAGACAGCACGGGCGCGCAUAUUUUACCGAGAUCAAAAUACAGUCACCGAUUUGAGCACGCUGUAUUCGCUGAUGCGCUCCAACGACUUUCAGCAUGACCCGUUAUCGCAAUGUCACCAAUACCACCAAGAGUGUCAACCUGGGUACGCUGGUCAGCUUGCUAUAGCUGCCAGGCACGAUUUAAACUCGCCCACUGGACACUACCCAUAUAUUUUUAGUCGCAAUAUUGCCGGCGCUAUUGACGCCAAACUGACCGACAAGGAUAUGGCCGCGAGGUUAGAGAUGUUGGCCGUGAGUGGGCCCACACAUCGCCAACAGCCGCCGUUCCGCUGGUCGACUAGCGGUGCCGGCGCUGAUGACCGCCAUACGGGUCAGCCCGAUGUGUUUAAUUUCAAACCCAUUUAUACCAAGUGGUAUCCAAACAAGUGGAUUAUUUGUGUUUAA